UUUUCCUUUCCGCGUAAUUUCGUUAUAUCCUGUUAUAUCCUCGUUAUAUUAUACACGGAAAUUCAGCCCAUAUACUAUACAUGAUUUUGCUUUAUUUUUGCAAUUAUCAAUAUCCAGUAUAAAAAAGGCUGAUAACGUCGAAUUUUGCUCUCAGGUCAACAUGACACCGAAACGUCGACUACGUCCGCUGCUGCUGGCGACGACGGCGUUGCUGAUCUGGGGUAACCCCAACUCAACGCGUGCCUCGUCGAUUCCCCCAACAGUUCUACCGUCGCCCGACAAACCCAUACCCAGCGUAAUGAUCGACGAAGCCGGCUCGAGGAGGAUAUCCUCGUCGGCAAAUGGCCCGCAACACGUUCGAGGUCGCGACCCACCGGGUUCGCCGGUCAACUUGUUCACGCCCGAUGAGUUCCAAUUCUACACGCUCAACGGCCAUGGCCAGCUGGUCAUGAAGCAGAUGACCAAACAGGAAAUCCAGAGCAUGAUCGCGGCUGGCGGCGGUGGUCCCACUGUUGGCAAUCUGCCCGUUGACCUUGGACACCAUCAGAGCUCGAUGACCGCCGAUGCCGUACCUAAGGUCUCCGACGUAGUCCAAAACGUACAGAAGGUCCUGAAGAGCGAGUUGAACAAGCCCGUGAAGGUGCACACGUCGGGCUCCUCGAUUCCAGGCAGCGUCAACAGUCAGUGGACGAACAUGCUUCCCUACAUUCUAUCCGGUGGCUCGGUCGACCAGCAAGACGUGGUCCAAGACACGAGUAUAAUACUACCCGCUCUGGACGACGACGAUUCCUACGUCGACGUGGUGCCGCUUCAGGGCAACAAACCCAUGGUGAAUCAGUACGAACCCGAGGUGAACUACGUCCAAGCCCAGUCCACCAGCAACGAUCAGAUGGUCAAACCGGUCAGCGCGAAGCCGACCAAGGGUACCAGCGAUAAACCCAUCAACCUUCUCGGAAACAUGGCUCUGGACAGUGGCAUAAUCGGAGAACAGGACCCCUUCACGGUACCGACCAAAGGCAAACCAAGCCGACCCUCCAGCACCCCGACGUAUCACAAGUACACCACCACCAGGCCGUCCGUGAUAUCAGUCGUAAAGGACGUUCUGAAGGUCAGUGAGAAGAACUCGACCGGCAGCAAGCCAACGCUUUACAUUCCUCUGUCGGUCUCCUCGUCGCUUCUCACAGACUCAGAGAAGCAAGAAGAAUACUCGAUUCCAAGCUACGGUUUCAAGCCGGAGCAGGAAAUCGGCAAGCCUGACAUAUCGGCUGAAUCAACCAGCAUCGCUGCUCCCACGAAGAAAACUACAACCUCCUACGUCUACCCCGACGAAGCUAGUUUCACCAGAGUACCGAUGAUCCAAGUGCCGGUGAUUUCCGCGGACAAGAUAGGCACCUCGACUCAGCGCACGAACCAACAACAGACUCCGAUGUUCGAGAAACUGCCGACGAUCUCCCCAGCCUCGAUCACGAGCACAACCGUCAAAGAGACGUCCUAUCCCUCGAUGAUGAACCUUGGACCGAUAGGUGGAUUCAAGAAGCCGGAGACUAGCUACAAACCCCCGACGUACCAGUAUCCGGUAUACGAUCCAGAAACCAAGUCCAGCGUUACCGCAUCGUCGACGACUCGACACCCGGUUUACGAGCCAGCGACCAAACCCUUCAAAACUCCAACCUCGACGACCUAUCAUCCGGUGUACAGACCCGCGGCCAGCCCAUCGACGCGUCGUCCAGUCUACGAGCCGUCGACCAGACCGACUACUCUGAACUUCAAGCCAUCGUUCUCUCGUCGUCCUGUUUUCGAAGCUACGACUGCUAAAGCCUCGUCUCCGCUGCUGGAAAUUACGACCAAACCGAGCAGUCAGACCGAGGGAACUAGGUAUCCCAGUGGCAUUUACACGACUGGAAAAGCCUCGACUUCGGCUAUCGAAUUCGCGACCAAACCGACUAUUCAGGCUGAAGAGGUGAAAGUUACGAGGUUCCCCGAUACCACAUACCAAACUCAAACCACUGGCAAGUCUUCGACUCCAGUGACGGAGAGUGCUACCAAAGCCAGCCCGUCCAGUAGCACUACCCAGGAAACUACUACCAGAGACGAGGUCAAGGAUCUGUCGCCGGUGUACGUCGUGCAGCAGUUGUUGGAGUCCGACAAGUAUCCUGCCAUACCCUCGGCGUCUCAGAGUUUGGGCAACAGCGAAGCAGUGAAGGACAGCUACGGCAUCCUCGAGAAGCUUCCAACACUCAACGCUAGCGAUACCGAUAAAAACGAGGGAUCGACUGAAUCGUACAAUACCUACAAUUAUGAUAAGCAUACCGUUAUAUACUCGGACACGAGUGAUAAACUGCCGGUCAAGACUACCGUUUUUUCGGAAAUGGACAAAGACAGCGAAGAUAUGUCUUAUACAGUUGGACCUGUCAAAGCUGAAACUGAAAGUGAUACACCAACGACGAAUUAUUACGCCACCGAAAAAUCAACUCAACCUCAACCGAUGGAUACUGUCACUUCCGAUCAAAAGAAACCGGUUAAAACGGAAGAGUCUACGGUUUACGAAGCUUCUUCAACUGUCCCGCUCAAAUCUGAAGAACCGAGUACCGAAGCUUCUGUGCUGAAGAACAAGACAGUACAAACGGAAAAUACACCGAUCGCAGAAACGGUCACUCCUAAAUACGAAAUCAACUCGAUGAGACCAGCAAGUGCCGAAGAAACGAAAAGUCCGUUAGGAUCGGAAGUGAAUAAAGACGCGCCUUACGUAAAAGUUUCUCAGAACGAAAAGACUGAAGAAUCACCAACAACUGUGUACGUUAACGAACCCGAACUAACUCAAUCUUGGAGUGAAAGUGAAAUGACCACCCAAUUCGUUCCGAUCGACGAGGGCAUGACGGAAAUUCAGAUGAUAGAGCACGACUCCGAAAAAGAGAUGGAUAAGAAACCAGUUACGAUUGAAGCUGUCACUAAGAAACAAGAAAGUACCACCAAACCUAUUCAAGAUAGUACUACUCUGAAAACCGAGUACUUUGAAUUAACAACGGAUUACGUUGCUCCGAUCAACCCAAUCGCAGAUUCUGUUAAGAAAGAAGAAAGCAGUGCAAGUUCGACCACGAUGGAAAACGUCAAUGAGCCAAUUCAAUCGGUAAAGAAGACUACAACGAUACCCCUCGAUGCGACUAAAGAAAUAAUCGAGAAAGUCACAAUGACCGUAGAAGAUAAGAAGCCCACUACUGAAUUAGUCACCGACAGGAUAACGAUUUCAGACUCAGAAAAAGAGAAGCCGGCAGAAAAAGAAGCUGCUAUAGCUCUCGAAGCUGAUAAAAUUACAAAGCCAGCAUAUUCAGAUCAAACGAAUCUCAUGACGGAAGCAAUUAUCGCUACGUCAACUGAAAUGAAUCAAGCGGACAAGAACCCGCCAACAGAGUUCCCUGUUUACGAAAAAAUGGAAACGAUAACGGAGAGUGCUUUAGAUAAACAAACGGAGAAAAUCAAUGUCGACAUUGAAAAACAGAAAAUCCAACCCAUGGAGGACGAAGUAUCCACCGUCAAAGUCAUCCCUAUUUACGAUGACGAUACGUCGAUAUACACUUUGAUUUCUGAAAAUCCAGACAGAAUCAAGUUUGCCGAUCAAGCUCCAACCACGAUAGUGCCAGUCGCAGAAAAACAAGAGGAAACCAAAUUGCCAGCUCUCCCGGCAAAAACAACUCAGUACACUAAAGCCCCAAUCACAAUCACCCCUUCGACGCCGGUUCAAACAACACAAAGCGAACCCGCUCAGGAUACCGUUUUACCCGGAUUGGAGGAAACCUUCAACAAUUACAUAAAGGAGCAUUACGAUCCAAAUUUGUCUUCCACCGGUGAAGACGAUGAAAUCUCGCACAUGACGACAUUCCCCCCAGAAAUCGUUAAAAGUUCUCUGAGUUACAACGAUGGGGUACCAACUUGGCCGACGACGAUUUCGAAUUAUAUAACAACUAAUCAGCCGGAUCAGUACACAGGUACUGAAUUACCAAAUAUGCAAUCGUCUACUUUUAUCAAUGCAAUGGAAACUACUGAGAACUCAAAACCUGACAAAAGGGAAGAACCUGUAGCCACGCCAUUCAAGGAUUCUCCAACGACAGAAAGUUUGAGUGAUAAAAACACUCCUUUCACAACGAAAAGUCCUGUGACGCAAGACAAAAGCAAAGUUGAAACUCCUAUAAUCUACUUGGACCUGGCGAACUCCAACGCAAACAAGCAGAGUGUUCCCCCUCAACCUAACAAAGAGUUUAUGAGUAAUUCGUCGCUCACGAGGAUCAAAAUUAAAAAUCCAGUUAUGGACAUAGACAAGAUAAUUUCGGAGGCACAAGCUCAGACCAACACUCCUUCCACGGUGCCUUACACUCUGCCAAGCGAAAAUAGACCUGCCAACAAUUUUGCAAGUGGAAUUAUCGCAGGUUAUCCAACUUACGAGCAAAUGAAACCCGUUACGGAGCAGAUUCCUGGAACGACGCUGUACGAAAUUGUUGGAGGAACGAAGAAGCCGACUUUGAAUGUAAAACCAGUUCAGGAUAAACUCGUCGACGGCGAGCAGUCUGAGAGUAAUAUCAGUUACCAAGGAAAAUUGACAACUGCGCUGCCCGUCGAUGAUGUGAAGAUUACGGAAAAGCUGGAUUUCCCUUCAACGAUGAGCUCAGCAGCGGAUGUGGGAACCACUAUUUACCAGGUGUCCGAAACUCCACAUUACGAAUCGUACACGCAAAUACCUUUCGAAUCGCUUCCGAUUGCCAGCAAGCCCAGUGCUCCUAGUCAACCUGGAGAAAUCUAUGAUCCACCUUUGGAGAAAAUCAACGACUUGAUCAAUCAACUAAAGAAUACGCCAUCCGAGCAUGCUUCCAUAGGAUACGACUUUUCGAACGGCGUUGAAACUACGAUAGUUCCGUUGGACAGGUUCGAAACGUUGAUCACCGAGAGUAAUCCUGCCCCUACCGAUGAUACCCUUACGACCAUAAUAGAAGAUCUGAGUAAAACCUCUACGGAAUCCCAGAACAGUACCUAUGUCGUCAUACAGACUCUUCCGUACAGCAAACCUGUGCUAAGCAGCACGGAACCAACUGUUCGACAAACCACGAUCAAAGAACCGACCACAGCUGCAACGACGACCACGACAGCUCAAAAUAUUUCGAAGACAAAGCCCAGCACGAGUGCGACUACUGUGUUGAGCAUAGUAAAGCAGCCAACUACGGGAAAACCGUACGUCACUUCGACGUACAGCACAACCAAAGGAUCGCUCGACAAAAUUCAAUCGACAAUCGACAAAUCCGCUGGUAGAAUCAACCUCGAGGAAGAAAAGAACAAGAUGCAGCAGCCUAUGAAACCAACCGAACCCACCAAAUUCACCAUCAAAAACAAGUAUCAUUACAGCACGAUCAGAAGAGGAACGUCCCCAGGGUACCAAAAUUAUUCGAGAAAGACCACGAAAGCGCCGAUCAAGGAAACCGCGGCCACCGCCAUACCGGAUCGUACGGCCAGCAAACCGAUCGAGGACACGAAGGAAACCAGUGACAAGUGGACUCUGAUUCCUCAGAAAGGCGUUGAAAAGGUGGAUGAAAAACCGGAAGUAAAGAAGAUUCCACCAGCAAGUAGCAAGGAGGGAGCUCAACCGAUCAACUCUCAAAUUGUUACUCUGGAUCACGCGAGCGGCGCGAUCGGUCUCGACCAGAGCAACAAAGCCCUCGACAAGGACGUCGCCGAGUUCCUAAACAUGUGCAACGAGCUGUCCUUCAAAUUCUGGACCUUGGCCAACUCUAACCUCAGCAGCGCGCGAUCGGUAACCAUGUCACCGUUCGGAAUGAUCAGUACCUUGGCUAUGAUCUUCCUCGGCGCUCGAGGUCUCACCUCCAAUCAGAUGAACGACAUCCUCAAGCUCGAUGACGUGGUGACGUUCAAUCCUCACUUGGUAUUCCAGAACAUCACCGACACGGUGACCUUGGCUCGUGGCCAGGGCAUCGAGAACGCGGCUUUCGUUCGUGCUCUGUUCGCCGAUAGACUGAAGGUGCGACGCAUCAUCCCGUUCUACAAGGAGCAGACUCAGCAGUUCUACGAGGGCGCAGUUGUAGACAUCAACUUCUCGACGGCCGGUGACAUACUGCGUCGCCGGACGAAUCUGCUGAUCAGAAAACAGACAGGUGGUAGGAUCAAGGACUUCAUGAAACAGCACACGGUACCACUUCGUUCACCGCUCACGGCCCUCUCGGCCAACGUCUUCCAGACGAGCUGCGAUGGUCCGGACGCGAGUUCCGAGGGCCGAGACGGCGAGAUGUACUUCGCGGUCUCGCAAACGGUCAAGCAGCGCAAACUCGUGCCGAUUCCAGCGGUCGUCUGGAAGUCCGGGGUAUCGGCUGGUUACGAGCCGAGUUUGGAUGCCACAGCCGUGGCACUUGGCGAGUCCAAGAGGCCGGUGUCCCUCAUCAUGGUCAUGCCGGGUCAACAAGGUCUCACCGCACCUGGAGACAAUCUCGAGAGACUUGAGAACCGACUGUUUGGUAAUCCCAGUGAUAACGCUCUCGAGAAACUCCUGAAGGUUAUCAUACCGAGACGAGUCGAGCUGCAGAUGCCUAAGUUCAGUCAACGCUCGAUCGUUAACGUAACCUCUGCCCUGAAGAAGAUGGGCUUCGAUCAGCUGUUCACCAGGACUGCCGAUCUCAAGGGUAUCAACGGAGCCGGACACGAUCUCUACUUGGCGGACAUGCUACAGAUGAACCUGUUCUGCACCUGUGGCGACGAGAACAAGCCGGGCGGUAAGCACCUCAGCGAGACCUAUCCAGGAACACCCUCCAGGCACAACCGAGCUUGGGAGGUUCUGUCCAACGUCGACGACAACGGAGUGAAUGACUUUGCCGAGACCAGGAGCGCCGAUAAUUCGGAAGCCACCGAGGGAUGCGAAGAAGACGAGACCGAGAGCUGGUCGGGUUCGAACGACUCGUCGAACGAAGAACUCGACAGGAUGAACGGACUCAGGCAGAAGAUGCACCAGAAGAGGUUGCGCUGGCUCACGUCGCCGAGGCGCACGCGAUGCCGAACACGCCGACAGGCCGAGCCCGAGAAACCCAGAAUGAAAAUGGACAAGCCUUUCCUUUACUUGAUAAGACAUAAUCUGAGCGGACUGAUUCUUCAUAUAGGACGAUUUAAUCCCAAGAAUCAGUCCUAACCAUGAGAAAUAACUUCGAGUAUUAUUAAUCAUUGUGUAUCAAAGAAUAAUUUAAUUUAAUUAAUUAAUUCUUUAGCUGUAUAUGCAUCUCGUUAAUCUAGACGAAUCUUAACUGAUAUAGUUAUUAGGCAAGUCUGCUUAAGGCGCUAAGCGAACUCGAUAUGAUAUUAUAUACACAUUUUCCACGUGUGUCCUAAAUUUUAAUUUACGUAUUUCGUGAGAAGAGGAAUUGUCACGCAUAAAUUAGCUGUAAAUUAUUUAUUUAUUCCUUUGCCAACGAGUUCGAGCGGCUCUAUAUGAUGUGUAAGUUUAUUUAAUUCUAUAAGACUUCUAACUAUUAAGGCUCAAAUAGUCAUAAAAUUCCUUAUGGAAGUAAGGUAGCUGUAUACUUAUUAUUUUGCGAAAUUCAACACUAGCUCGCUUGCUGUUCUGGCUAAUUAAGAAAAUUAGUCAAUAAAAGACUUAAUUUACUUCAUAUAAAAAAAAAAAUAAAAGACUUCUAUUUAAAUCUCUUUUCUACUAGCUGUAAGAAAAAUCAAGACCAGUAGUUUUAGUGAAAUUAAUGUUAAAUUUAUAUGUAAAA